AUGGAUGUUACUAAAGAACAGAUCCUUCAUAGGUUGACUGUUCUUAAAAUCAAAGUCGAGGAACGACUGAAGUUGUGUCGUGGAGACAGAGUAACGCCUCAUGUUUUCUCUGUCUUCCGAAAGGAUAUUCUGCAAUACAUCUUCGAAAUGGAGACUUGUAUCACAAAAUUAGAGCUGGGCUCCUUCCCCGAGACGGACUUGCUUGAGACCGAAGCUGAAUGGGCGCCUCGACUAAUGGAGUACCACCGAGAACUGGGCGAUCUGGAUGGUUCAUUUUCUCCCAGUUCCUGCUUGGAUCCUGUUUCCCAGUCGUUUGGGGUUCCGUCAACACCUGGAAGAAGUUCGGCUUCCUUUGUUGUCAAACCUCCGCAAAUACAAAUAACGGGGCCCACCUUUAGCGGACUUGAGAUGGCUGACGACCACAUGAGUUUCCGGAAUUUUUUGACGAGAUUCGAAAACUGUGUGGUUGGCAUGGCCAAUGACUCUGAAAGAUUAAACUUUCUGAAAUGUUCCCUCUCCGACAGAGCUUUAAGACUGAUUAACCAUUUGAGUUGCACGGAUGCCAACUAUCAGCGUGCUCUUUCGGUGUUAAAGAGGGAGUAUUUGGACAUUGAUGAGAUAAUCGACCAGAUAUUUCAAGACAUUCUAGACUAUGUUCCUAAAAAGGACAUCUGCUGCUCUGGUCUGGGUGAAUUUAUCUCCAGGACUGCCUCUCUCUUGGAGGAGCUAGGGAAUUCUUUUUCUUGCGACUUUUCGGUGGACGAUUCUGGUGGAGCUCGCCUAAUGGCCAAGAUUCUUUUUCAGAAAUUUCCCAAAGAAUUGAAGGGGGAAAUGAUAGGACUAACAGGUAAACGAAUACCAUCAUUGUCUGCUAUAUUGGAACUUACAAGUGAGGCAGUCAAACGAUUACGGGUUAAGGGAAGCGCGUCUGCUGCUUCUACAUUCACCACUGGCCAGGGUUCUUCUCAAAAAACCGCACGGAGGGCCACUGUUACUUCUUCCUUUCAUGUGGAUUCCAACAACCUGACUUCUGCUGGUUAUUCCCGUAGCUUGCCCCCCAUCCUAUUGGUCACUUUUUUCAAUGGAGAAAAAAUGGUGUCAGUUAAUUGCCUUUUGGACACUGGUAGUGGGCGUUCGUACUUGUCUGCUGAUGUACUGAGGGACUUGGGUUCAGUUGAGACUGUUGGAGUCAGUUGUCGGCUUAGACUUUUCACCCUCCUUGGUGAGUGUGACCGGAAUUUCACGGAGGUGGUUCUGGGAGUUGACCUUGGUUCUGGUGAGGCUUUGGCUUCCUCUGUUUUGGUCACUGAUGCAAUGGACUUGUCUGUACGACUGGCUCACUUGGAGACCCUGUUGGGUGCUUUUAGGGCAGCUGACUAUAAUUUGGCUGGCCAAUUUGAGGCCGGGUCAGACCUUGUGCUUAUCAAGGGCAUUAUUGGAUUGGACCUUAUUCAUCGAUUGAUUACAUUGAAGUUGGUCCCCUGUCUGAGGGGUUGGGCAUUUUCUGUUCCGUCAGGCCUGGUUCCCUUUGGAACUGUGGACUCUUUUUGUCAGGAGACAAGAUCCCUUGUGAAGUGGCCCACCUCUCCUUUAAUACUGUAA